AUGUACACCAAGGCCCUCUCCGCGCUCCUUCUUGUGUUGGGGCUGGUCAGCUUGGCUUCGGCCGUCCCCCACGUGCAGAGGAGAUCCUUCCUGGCCCCGCGCGUCGCCAACGACGGGUUCACGGGUAAGAAUGGUCCGCGGGCCCUCGCAAAGGCGUACCGCAAGUUCCGCAUGCCUCUACCGGCAGGCCUGGUCAACACCCUCGAGCAGCAGGACAGGGUGCUCGAGAAGCGAAGGAACAAGUGGACUGGCGGUGUUGCGUUGGAAAACGUCGCCGAGCUUGUCAACACCAAGGAUCAAGUCGUGGAAUCGGAUGAUGUCUCGAACAAGUCUCUUCUGGGCGAUCUCCUGGGCGGCUUGCUUGGCGGCGGCGGCGGCAAUCAGCAAGGCAACCCAGCUACUGGCAACCCAGCUGCUGGACAACCUGCUGCUGGACAACCUGCUGCUGGACAACCUGCUGCUGGACAACCUGCUGCUGGACAACCUGCUGGACAACCUGCGCUGCUGGACAACCUGCUGCUGGACAACCUGCUACUGGCAACCCCGCCAGCAACGAGGGCGGCAAGGGAUCUGGCCGAUGCCAUCGCCAAGACCCGUGAGGGCAACCAGACGGGCGAGACCCAGGCCAUCCCCGAGCAAAACGACGUCGAGUACCUGUCGCAGGUCAAGAUCGGCGGGCAGCCCGUCACGCUCGACUUUGACACGGGCUCCUCGGACCUCUGGGUCUUCAACUCGCUGCUGCCCGCCAGCGACCAGCAGGGCCGCACCAUCUACGACCCGCGCCAGAGCCAGUCCUUCGAGCUGAUGCAAGGCUCAGAGUUCCAGAUCAAGUACGGCGACGGCUCCGGCGCCGACGGCAGAGUCGGCAGCGACGUCGUCGAAAUCGGCGGCGCCGCCGUCCCCCGCCAGGCCAUCGAGCUCGCCACCAACGUCUCCGGCCAGUUCCUCCAGGACACCAACAACGACGGGCUGCUCGGCCUCGCCUUUGGCAGCAUCAACACGGUGCAGCCGCAGAAGCAAAAGACCUUUUUCGAGAACAUCAUGCCCAGCCUGGCCGAGCCCGUCUUCACCGCGGACCUGCGCGCCAACGCGCCGGGCGCGUACGAGUUUGGCCGCAUCGACCAGUCCAAGUUCACGGGCGAGAUGGCGUGGAUCCCGGUCGACACGAGGAACGGGUUCUGGCAGUUUAGCAGCGAGAAGUUCGCGGUCGGCGAUGGGCAGGCACAGCCGGGAGGGCAGGGCGCGCAGGCCAUCGCCGACACGGGCACGACGCUGCUGCUGGCGGACCCGGCGAUCGUCGAGGGAUACUACUCGCAGAUACCGCAGGCGCAGCAGGCCAAGGACGGCAUCGUGAUCCCGUGCAACGCCAAGCUGCCGGACCUGCACCUCGACAUUGGCGGCGUCUACAUGGCCAAAGUCAAGGGCGAGGACCUCAACUUUGCGCCUGUCGACAACGCUGGCACCACUUGCUUCGGCGGCCUGCAGGCGACUUCUGUCAACGGCCUGGGCAUCUACGGUGACAUCCUGUUCAAGUCGCAGUUUGUCGCCUUCAACGGCGGAAACAACAGUCUGGGAAUGGCUCCCCAUGUAUAA